AUAUUUACCUCUCUUGUCAUUUCGCUGCAAAGUCCAUCACCCUUCACCAACAUGGGCGUUUUCUAUCAAGAAGAGCCACCAAAUCCCUCUAAGAGAUGCAAACUCCUCGCUUCAGCCUUGAAGGAUGCUUUCUCGAAUUGCCAUUCUUCUGGUGUACGACGAUCUUCUCCAAGCCCGGAAGAGGAGAACCCAGCUACUGAUUUCAAUGAUGAACAGGAAGUGGUUGUUUCGGCCAUUCGAAGUCGAGCCCUGGAAGCAAAGUUGAGACGCAAGGCAAGCCUCACCACAGGCAGCUUUUACUGGUUCUCUCCAACGGAACUGUCCGAAGUGUUUGUGACAACGCCAAAGGCGGUGAAGCAAACACAGAAUAACAAUGGAGGGUGUAGUGAUGGUGAGAGGGAGGAGUUUCUCACAGCUGGGAGCUGCCUCUCCUGCUGUUCCAGCGCUCAAAGCAGCUGGGAUGAAUUUUUUUCUGUCAAGACAAACUUUCCCCGCUCUAUGAGCUUGAGCGGGCUUGACUUUCCAGAUUUCCGAAGGCGCUUAAUAAUACAGGAGCUGUGUCAUUGUGAGGGUUGGCCGUUUGGACUCUGCCGGAAGGCCUUGCUGCUUCCACCUCUGCCCAAAUCACCAUCAGAAUCUUGGACAUGGCGCAAGGGUAAUAGAAUGGUCAAGCUACCAUGAACUACUUCUCCAAACUCCAAAGGCUUCACCCACCGUGGGUGUGUUAGAAAUGGUUAAAGUUAAAGAAUACAAUUACAUUUCAAA